GGCGCUGGACGAAACAAUGGGAAGCUCCUUAAUGGAACAUGCCACUCAAGAAAAUGAACUCAAAAGUUCUGCGGCCAAAUCGAAGCAGCAAUCUGCGCGGCAAAAUAUGUAGAAUAUGUAGAAAUGCGAAAGAACUUACGUAGGAAAUGA